AUGACCGAUCCGCUCCAGGCCGUUCACUACACGGUUACUGGUAGCUCAGACUGCACACCUGGGGUGGAAAAGCUCGGUGUAAUGGCUGCGUGUUUGAGAGAAAGCCACAAGUCCUACGACAGUGAGACAGCUGGUGGAGGAGGGAACAACACAGAUUUAUCUGUGGAGUAUUUUCAGAUUUUAUCUCAUGAUGGGAGGAAAGAGACCUCUCUCUCAUACCUUCAGUUUUUAUUUAGAGUCACUUUGUUUAAUGAUCUCACGGUUUUCUGUAUCUCCACAGAAACCCAACAGAUCUUCAAGGAGGAGGGCAGUUCAGCUGAGCAGCAGCAGCAGCAGCUCUGGAACCAAGAGAGGAACUCCAGUCUGGACCAGGAAUACCCUGAGUCUUCACAGGCUAAACAGGAAUCUGAGGAACUCUGCAGCAGUCCGGAAAUCAAGCAGGUGGUUGUGAAGCGAGAGACUGAUGCGUCCACCGAUCAGGAGAGUGAUUUCAGUGAAUCUGAACCAAACACGGAGCAGCUGGGCUGUCAGACCUCCUCUGUAGCCCAGAGUCGCCACCAGGAAGGAAACAAAUCUCCAGUAUCUGAGAGUCAGUCGUCUCUGCUGUGGCUGUUGCACUAUAAACCACCUAAUCUGGGUAACAGUGUUGCAGAGACCAAGUUUGUCAAAUGUGACAUUUGUGGGAAAGCCUGUAGGGAUAAAUCCAAUCUGAAGAUUCAUCUGAGGGUUCACUCCGGUGAGCGGCCGUAUGCCUGUAAGCUCUGUGGGAAAGCGUUCACUCACACUGGUAAUCUGAACGCUCACAUGCGUUCGCACGUUGAGAAGACUCAUUCAUGCAAAACAUGCGGGAAAAGUUUCGCUAAAGUUGGUCAGCUGAAAGCCCACCGGAAAAUCCACUCAGGGUUUUCCUUUCCAUGCGAAGCAUGCGGCAAAAACUUUCACACACAGAAGAACCUAUCCAACCACAUGCUGAUUCACGCAGGUGUGAAGCCAUUUCCCUGUGAGACCUGCGGGAAACGAUUCAGCCAGAGAAACAACUUAAGAGUGCACAUGAGGACGCACACCGGAGAGAUGCCAUUCCUGUGUGUGACGUGUGGGAAAACCUUCUACACCAGCGGCCAUUUAUCUAUCCACACCAGGACACACUCGGGUGAAAAGCCGUAUUCCUGCGACACGUGUGGAAAACAGUUUGCUUAUCAGAACCGGCUGGUGAGCCACAUGAGAACCCACACUGGUGAGAAACCCUUUUCAUGCAAGACCUGUGGGAAGGACUUCAGCACGCGCAGCAUUCUGUCCGUCCACAUGAGAACCCACACUGGAGCCAAACCCUACUCCUGCCUGACUUGUGGAAGGAAUUACAGACAGAGGAUCAACUUAAAGCUUCACAUGCGAACUCACACAGACGUCAAGUAGCUUCUCAUUAAAGAGCUGCUGCAGCCACAUCCGAGGGGUCUGCAGAAGUAAAAUCCCACUCCUCAGCAACGGACCGCCCGUCUCCGGAGUAUCGUACAACCACGCUCUCCGUAAUCAUUGUUGUAAAUCCUUUGUUUCUACGUUUGUGUGAAGUUUGUGCCCAUGAGGCCAAACAGUGACAGAACAUUCCAGAUGGAUGUAAUGCAUGAAAACAAAACUAAAACGAAGUUCUCCUGGAAACUUUACCACAGUUGUGAUGUAAUAAAGUGUGAAACACCUGAAGUCA